AUAGAUAGAAAGCAAGGUCGGUUUUCACUUUCCGCUGCUUAGGUUGAAGUUGAACUGAUUAUAAAUACUGGAGCAAUUGCUACUCAGCGGAUUCUGUUGCACGUACUCGUAGCCACUUCAUAACCGUCUUCCAAAAACCCAAGAAAACCACCGAAUCAAUAAUGUUAAAGAGUGCUUGUUAAGGGUAAUUUAGUAAUCUGAUCACCUUACAAGGUUUUAUUAAAAAGAAAAGGAAAAACCCUGCGAGUUCUGAAUUCUGAAGUAUACCAUCGCAGCCGUCUCUCGCGUUAAGCUUCAACCAAAACCUCUCUCCGGCGUCUUUCCACCGCAAUCGCUCGAUUUCCGAUCAACACGCGGAGGUUUCCGAUCGGCAUUGGAUUAUAAUGGAUUCAAAUUUUGAUUCAAAGCCUCCAGCAAGAAGAAAGGUUAAAUAUGCACCAAAAGCUCCACCUAAAAGAGUGCCAAAGAAAGAAGUUAAAAGUGAAGUUAUUGAGGAGGAUAAUAAAUCAUCAGCAGCGGAGGCUAAGGAACUCCUUCGGCGUUUCCAAGAAAAUGAAAGGAAGGCAAGGAUGAAGGUUGAGACAAAAGUGUCAGCUUCACAAAUUGCUUUUGGUUCUGGAGGCCAAUCAAGUUAUCACAAACCAUAUGGUGUUGGGAGCAAGACGAAUGGCACUGAAAGUUCAGCAUUUGUUGAUGCAAACGGGAAAGAAUACAAAGAACCAUGGGACCUGUACAGUGAUUAUCCAAUAUCUCUUCCCUUGAGGAAACCAUUUUCAGGCAACCCAGAAUAUCUUGAUAAGGAGGAAUUCGGGGAGGCUGCAGAAACCAGAACUUAUGAUGAAAACACGGCAAAUUCAGCAGCGGAGCUUGGCCUUUUGGAGGAAAACCCAGAGACAAGGUCAAUCUUCAUGAAAUUACCACCAGUUUUUCCGAUGAUUAAGAAACCAGAUCCAGAUGUUAAGGUAAACUCUAAACGUCCUGGAGGUCGGAAGCUCUUCAAGUUGGAUGAAAUGCCACCUGGUCUAAUUGGCAAAAUGGUUGUGUACAAGAGUGGUAAAGUUAAGCUGAAGAUUGGAAACACCCUUUAUGAUGUUUCAUCGGGGAUGAAUUGUAUAUUUAGUCAAGAGUUGGUUGCAAUGAAUGCUGCUGAAAAGCAUUGUAGCUCAAUUGGGGAGAUCAGCAAGCUUGCUACUGUAACCCCCGACGUUGAUGCUGCACUUGAUUGUCUUAGUGAUUUAGAUUUAUAAUAGUUUUCUUUACAUUCAUGAAAAAUUUUGAAGUUAGAUAUCUUGAACAAUAAAUCAGGAAGGAAGCUAAAUCGAAAUAAGUCUUAUGUUUUUUAUUUUAUUAAACAAGUACUAGGAUGACGAUUUUUUAACGAGGAAAGAUAAUAGCCAUGUCAACUCACAAACCGCUGUCUUCUUGGGACAACUUCAUAGAACAAUGAAGUUAAUUUAUUAUGACUA